AUUUGGCAUUGGCAUGUGUUUGGCAUUAUUGACAUUUUCUAACUUGAAUUGUUUAUUGUUGUUUAUUUAUUUACACGGCAUUUUCACGGCCGGGUAUUGUUAAACAGUUAAGAAUUAAAUAAUAUUUUAAGUAUAAUUCAUAUAAAUAAUACUCCAUAUUACUAUUAUCACUAUAUUAAGUAAUAUUUUACUAUUUAAAUGGCGGAGAACAUGGACAUGGAAACCGAUUCUAGGCCGGAAAAUCAAGUAAAUCUUCCAGUUAAUGUAGAAUUAAGUCAGAAUAUUAGCGCUUUAGAAAGGAUGCAAGUGUCUGCUGACCAUAAUUUACCUUCAACCAGUAGUGCAAGUGGAAGCAACAGCUCGGGCUUUGCUGGCCAAAGUCUUAGUCAACCUCCUGCCUCUAAAACGACCAUCGUACAGUCAGAUCAUUCAGAAUUUGAUUCUGAUGAUGAUCAAGAUGAUUUUGACUUGUGGAGUUCAGAUAGUUCAUGUCAAAUCUCGGAUGAUGAAUCUAAAGUUGAUGACAAGGCGGACGCGGACGUAGAGACUCAGACUGGUAAGCGUAGAAAAAAAGCUGCACAAGACCAAUGGAAUCAAAUAGACGAACAAAAAAUUCAUAAAUUCGAAUUUUCUGGUAACUCUCAGUUAACAAACAUUAACAUAAAAGAGACUAUAACUCCUUUACAUUGCUUUAAUUUAUUUGUCGAUGAUGAUAUAAUAAAUUUAUUAGUUACUGAAACAAAUAAAUUUGCAAGAAGUAAAUUUAUUAGACCGGGAUACCAUAAAGACUUCUUAACCGGAUGGAUGGAUGUUACACCCACUGAAAUGAGGGAAUUUAUUGGUUUGUUAAUUUUUAUGAACUUGAAAGCAUUUAGAGCUUCACUUGGUUCAAAAUAUUUUUGGUCGGGUGAUAGGAAUACAAGAGGUCCAAUAGCAGGGUAUGUAAUGACAGAGACACGUUUUAAGAGACUGAUUACUUUUUGGAGAUUUGGCGAGGAGCAAGGGAAGUUUUCAAAGAUUAAUGUGCUUCUUCGCAUGUUGAACGCUAAUUUUGCUAAAUACAAAACACCGGGGCGCGUUUUGUUUGUGGGUAAAUCGACUUUGUACCUGCGACAGCGCUAUAUUUUUCAGAAAUUGGCCGACAGUCCCAAAAGAGCGCAAAUAAUUUUAAAAUUGGUCGACAACGAAACGUACAUUUACAAGGUGGUUGCUAUGCCUCCGACCUAUUUGACGGACGAUGGUAAAAAGAAACAGGCCGUUUUGGAGCUGUUAAAAGAUUACUUAAACCAGGGAAGAAUGGUUAUUUUCGACGACCUAUUUAUUUCCGUGGAUAUAGCGCAGAAUUUAGUCAGUAGGAAAACGCACGUUGUCGGUCCGAUACGUAAGAAGUCGAAAAGCAUUCCCGAAAAAGUUAAGAAGUUAAAGUUACAAAAUAACGAAGUGAAGGGAUUUCAGAAUCCACAGGGCAUAUCCAUUUUUAAAUGGAAGACAGACGAUUUCAGAGGCUGUGGAUUAAGUUCGUGUCAUUCCUACAACACUGUCGAAGUUGAAGAACUUAAUAGGCGGGAAGGAAAUGUAACUGUAACUAAAAAACAGUCGGAAUUUCUAAAAGAUUUUAGUAGCAGCGCCGAUGUGUUUGAAAUGGUUGAGAACUCGCACCACAAAGAGAUCCAUUAA